GGAGGAGUCUGGAGACAUGCCUGGGGAUGCGACCAAGGCCUUGGGGAAAGGAAGCUGCCCCCCAGGGCCGGUCCCAGAGGGCCUGAUCCGCCUCUACAGCAUGAGGUUCUGCCCAUAUUCGCACAGGACUCGUCUUGUCCUCAAGGCCAAGGGCAUCAGACAUGAAAUUGUCAACAUUAACCUGAGAAACAAGCCUGAAUGGUACUAUGCAAAGCACCCUUUUGGCCAAAUUCCUGUCCUGGAGACCAGCCAAUGUCAACUGAUCUACGAAUCUGUCAUUACUUGUGAGUACCUGGAUGACGCUUAUCCGGGAAGGAAGCUGUUUCCAUGUGACCCUUAUGAACGAGCUCGCCAAAAGAUGUUAUUGGAGCUAUUCUGUAAGGUCCCACAGUUGACCAAGGAGUGCCUGAUAACGUUGAGAUACAGGAGAGAUUGCACCGAUCUGAAGAUAGCCCUGCGUCAGGAGUUCUGCAACCUCGAAAAGAUUCUUGACUGUCAGAACACCACCUUCUUUGGUGGAGACUGCGUGUCCAUGAUCGAUUACCUCUUCUGGCCCUGGUUUGAGCGUCUGGAUGUGUAUGGGAUUGCAGACUGCGUGAGCCACACCCCAGGCCUCCGGCUCUGGAUCGCGGCCAUGAAGCAAGACCCCACCGUGCGUUGUCUUCUCACCGAUAAGGGCAUCUUCCAGGGCUACUUGAGUCUCUAUUUUCGGAACAACCCUAAUGCCUUUGACUUUGGGCUGUACUGAGCCCUCAGUCCCUCCACCGUCGUCAUCCAGAAUUCCCAAGCUUGUCAUGAUCCUACAUCAGGGAUUGCCUCGGGAAUCAGUCCGUCUCUGUUCCUUUCCUUGAGGUGCCCAAUAAAAGUGAAGACAGAAACUGUA